AUGAGACUGAGGGGGCAGGGAGACGUCACGGCGCGGCGGGGAGAGCGGGCACGCGUUAGGGGAUGGCGGUGACGUCACGGCGGGCGGGUGCGGGAUGGCGGUGACGUCACGGCGAUGGCGGCGCCGGGCCGGGCGCUGCCCUCAGCGGCCCGCUCCAAGUGGGACAUCCGGGAGGAGGUGUGGGAGCACCUGGAGGCCUCGGGCCUGGCCGAGUUCCCGCGGCCCGUGCGCGGCCGCAUCCCCAACUUCAAGGGCUCCUCCCACGCUGCCACCAGGCUCCUGGGCUUGCAGGAGUUCCGGGCUGCCCGUGCAGUAAAAAUAAACCCCGAUGCCCCCCAGAGGAACGCCCGCUUCCUAACGCUGGAAGCAAGGAAGACUUUGCUGGUUCCCACACCACGUCUGAGGUCUGGGCUGUUCAACAGGAUUGUUCCCCCUCCAGGUGCAACCAAGGAGAUGCUGAGGAGAUGUGCCACAUCUCAGGGUGUAAGAGACUUCAGCGUGCCUGUGGGGCUGGAUAGCAAAGCACAAGUGGACUUGGUUGUUGUGGGGUCAGUGGCUGUCUCUGAAAAAGGCUGGAGAAUUGGCAAAGGGGAAGGUUAUGCAGACAUGGAGUAUGCAAUGAUGGUGUCCAUGGGGGCAGUGCAGGAGGACACACCUGUGGUUACCAUCGUGCACGACUGCCAGGUGCUUGACAUAGCGGAGGAGCUGCUGGGUGAUCAUGAUUUAACUGUGGAUUACAUCCUCACUCCUACAAGGACCAUCCAGACCAACUGCAAACGACCAAAACCUCAGGGAAUAAUGUGGCACAAGGUCAGCUCUGAGAUGCUGGGAAAAAUCCCCAUCCUAAAGACUCUUCGGUGCAGGGAGAAGCAGGCUGGCAAGGAUGUCACCCUCCAGGAUGAACAGCCAGCCCUGGCAGACACCAACAGAGCAGCAGUUUCAGACAAGAAGGUGAUGGCUGCACAUCCCCAACCACGGGCUGCUCCAGGCUCAGCUCCAGUGCUUUUACCCCAUGUGGGAAGGGAUCCUGUAAAUCCCAAAUCAGAGGGAUCUGACUCAAUCACCACUGUGUUCCUGGGGAACUUGCCUGGCAGCCUGAGGGUGAGCCAGCUGAAAAGUGCCCUGAGGGAACUGCAGGUGGUUCCUGCUGCCCUGAAGUGGCAGGGAGCACAGCACAGAGCUUUCCUGGACUUCAGGGAGCAGGAGGCUGCACACAGAGCUCUGUGCUCCUUGCAAGGCUUGAGCCUUGGGGGCAAUGCUCUGAGAGUGGAGCUGGCCAAGAGCCAGAGGAACAAAGGGCAAGGAGAAAUCAAUAGUCACAAAUGAGUAUGGAGGAGGAAAACAAAACAAAACAAGGUGUUUUCAUUGUUUUGUGAAAAGCCAACCUGAAGUUUUAAGGUUUUUUUUGUAACCCUCAGGUUUAACAAAACCAAAUUUCUGCACAACCUUUCCUCACUUCUGCACGUGGACAUGCAAAGGUUUGUCCCCACAGGUGACACAGGAGCCAUUUCUCUAUAGAUAACUGCCCACAAAGUACCCACACUCUGGUUUUGGUGCUGUUUGGUGGUUUAGUUAAGCCUGGCUUAAAGCCCUGCCCCUUGAUACCUGGGAGGUUAAAAGGCAGCAGCAGGAAAUCUGUCCUAAGGGUAACAAUUCUGUUUAUUGAAAAAUGGGCUUUACCUGUUGGAAGUUUUCAAUUUAUUUCUUAUAAAAAUGACCAGGGAGAGAGA